UCUGCGGACCUUCGCCGCCGAUCAGUCCGUAUACGUACUGCGCGCCGGUCGCUAUGUGAACGGUUUACGCGCGUGUGUGUGACUUGUGUGAUUUUUUUUUCUCUCAGACCGUCACCGAACAUUAUAUUAUUAUCAUACCGCCGCACACUUACCUAUGAUACUGCGGCGUCGUUGGUACAAUAUUUAUUCGGUGGUCGCAAGACGUGUACGAUACGAUCGUGAUUUAUAAUAAUUAUAUACUGUCCGUUCACCGUCGUUUUAAUUAUUAUUAAUUAUAUAUUUUUUUUUUUUUUUAUCGUUUUUAAGUUUAUUCCGCUUUUUGCGUUUUUCUCUCUGCUCGUGAGUUGUACACUACCGAUGAGACAGCGCGACGCGUCGCGAUAAGGAUUUUUCUCGUAGCGGUUUAGCGGUGAAAACCACCACCGAGCGAUAAAUACAAAAUAUCGUCGAUUAUUAGAUAUUUUAUUUUAUUAUUAUAAAAUAAAAAAAAAAAUCGCACGUCGCCGAGGACGUCGUUGUCGCGCGGACAAAGUGCGCGCGCGCCGCGCGUACCCACCGCACUCGCGUGCGGUGCAACAGUGAAUAUUUUUUUUUCUUCAUAGACCGGUGCACGAAAAUCGUUCGCAAUUACGGACCUAACGAUUUACCCGCGCAGUGUUCGGGGCGCGUCGGUUGAAUGUGAUUGGAAAGCGCGGGUGAUGGCCACCACGUACCUGCCGGUGGGCAGCGGUGGCGGCGGCGGCGGUGGCGGCGGCGGCCCCGGCUCCGGUGACCUGGACGGCAUGGGAGGCAUGUCGGUGGUCAACCAGCCCGGAGGACCGUACCAGCAGCCGUCGCCGUCGCCCCGUGGCGGCAACGGUCAAGACCACCCGGCCGGCGAGCUGAAAUACAUGCCGCCCGGGCAACAUCACCAUCACCACCACCAUCACCAUCAAGUUCCUACGUCCCCGUCGCCGGUGUCGCUGUCGGCCGCGGCCAGUUGGGUGGACCCGUGGGCCGCGUCCAUGAGCAUGCACCAACACCAUCCGCACCAUCCGCACCACCCGCACCAGGGACUGGACAUCAAACCGCCGCCAGACAUGCGAGCCGUGACCGGCGGCGGCGGCGGUGGCGGCGGUGGCGGAGGCGGCGGCGGUGGCGCGCAGACCUGGCACACGGGACCGCCGCCGCCGGUCGUCUCGGCCGGCCACUACAACGGCAGCGGGUCCGGGUCGCCGCAGCUCGGCCACCACGGCGCGUACCACGUGAUGAACGGCAUGCUGGGCCACACGCACCCGGCCGUCCAGAUGCACGGCCACAGCCCGUCGUACCCGCAACAACACGACCCGCAGUCGCCCGGCGGCGAAGAGGACGCUCCCACGUCCGACGACCUCGAGGCGUUCGCCAAACAGUUCAAGCAGCGCCGGAUCAAGCUGGGCUUCACGCAGGCCGACGUCGGCCUGGCGUUGGGCACGCUCUACGGUAACGUGUUCUCGCAGACCACCAUAUGCCGGUUCGAGGCGCUGCAGCUGUCGUUCAAGAACAUGUGCAAGCUCAAGCCGCUGCUGCAAAAGUGGCUGGAGGAGGCCGACUCGACGACGGGCUCGCCGACCAGCAUCGACAAGAUCGCGGCGCAGGGUCGCAAGCGCAAGAAGCGCACCAGCAUCGAGGUGUCCGUCAAGGGGGCCCUGGAGCAGCACUUCCACAAGCAGCCCAAACCGUCCGCGCAAGAGAUCACGUCGCUGGCCGACUCGCUGCAGCUGGAGAAGGAGGUGGUGCGCGUGUGGUUCUGCAACCGGAGGCAGAAGGAAAAGCGCAUGACGCCCCCGAACACCAUGGGCGGCCCGCAGGACGGCGGCAUGAUGGACGGCGGCCUGGGCGGCGGAGGCGGCGGCCCGAUGGGCCACGGGGGCCUGCACCAAGCGUACCACCAUCAGGACCACGUGAUGCACGGCUCGCCGAUGGGACCGCACUCGCACUCGCACAGCCCGCCGAUGCUCUCGCCGAUCGGCAACCAUCAGUCGCUUGCGGCUCAUUAACGUUUCGCCCAGUGGGACGUUGAGUACUCACGGCACCUGGCUAAGAUGCAGCAACAUCAGCAGCAGCACCAGGAAUGCACGUAGUAGAGUACUGUUGUUUACUGUUUCGAACAACGUCUCGCUGAGGGCGAUUUAAAAAAAAUAUAUAAAUGACGUGUACGUCGCACAGCAGCAUCAUUUGCAGGACGCGUGUGAGUGGUUUUCUCGGUGUAAUUAUAUACAUAUAUUAUAUAUAGAUUAUAUGAUUUUGGAGACCAUUCACGUGACCGCAAGUCCGCAAUGUGUGCGUUGCACCGCGAUGACAUUAAAAUUAUAUAUUACCAAUUCGACUAUACAUAAAAAAAUAUAUAUAUAUAAAUAUAAAUAAAAAAUAUAAAUAUAAACUUACAAACGCGGAUCGUAUAAUAUGCGUAUUGAUGAUGAUAUAAAUACGAUAUUUCUGUAUUAUAAUAUUAAAAAAAAAAAGAGUAGUGCUCGCCGUAAACUGCACGACGGACGAAGCGCAUUAUUAUAUAUAUGAAAAUAUAUUUUCCGUAAAUAUUAUUAUAAUUAUUAUUAUUAAUUUUUCCAAUCGUUAUUAAAUAUAUAAUAUUUGUGUAUAUAAUAAUUGUUAUUAUAUACGCGUACGGUAUAACGAUAAAAUGAUGUCGAUGAUAUAAUAAUAAUCAAUAAUGAUAAUGAAGAUGAUGAUGAUAAUAAUUACUACGAAGACCAUCGAUCGGCCGCAAAUCGUGUUAUUUGUACAAGACGACGGCGAGAAGGCUUCACGACCGAGCAGGAAAUCGUUUGCGGAAGACAUCAUUGCGGCAAGUACGAGAAGUCACCGCGGCAAGUACGAGAAGUCACCGCGGCGGGCACGACAGUCAUCGCGGCAAGAAAGCACGGGAAGUCAUCGCGGCAAGUAAAGGACGGACGAGCCAUCAAUCGACUCUUCUAUCGCACUGUGAUAUAAAUCGAUAUUUCUUUAAAGUUUGUUUUAUUUUCCGUCUUAAUUAUCUCCCCCGGACGAGUAUAACUUCGCAGCCAUGUACGUACACACAUACACUCCCACACAUGAGGUCCAGGUACUGUUAGCUAUUAUAAUAUUAAUAUUUCUGUUUUAUUCGUACAAUAAAUACCUACGUUAGCGCACACAACUGCUGAAUACACCCGAACAGUGGUCAAAGUUGAUGAAUAUUCCGAAAACAUAAUAACAUAAAAAUGUUCUCGAUUUUCUAAAAGUUUUCCGCGCAUUAUCCUAUAUAGUCACGCUCCAACCGCGCGAGGUACUGUGGUCACGACUCCCCAACCGCACUUGAUAAUAACCGAUCUCAACGGGUGUAUACUUAUACAAUUAAUGAUAAACGAUAAAUUAAAAUGAAAAAAAAAACCCUAUAAAUAAUAUUUUCUUGCAGUUUUGUAAAUCGUUCUUUCUACGUUCCUCGCAGACUGCACAGAUUGCCAGCACGGAACACUUGUUCGUCGUGUGUACUUCUAUUAUAAUAUUAUAAUAUACACCGAGCACAAUAAAUACACUUAUACGUGUGGUGUAGACUCUCCCAAAGAUAGAAAUGGGGUAGCUUGUGUACUUGUAAAAUCUUUUCGGUCCAUCUGCCGGCGCGUCUCGUACCGCGACAAUGUACCUGCACACCACACGCACAUUAUACGAAAUAUAAAUAAAAUAUUAUACUAUAUAUUAUUAUUAUAUACGUCUAGCUAUGUAUACGAUGUAUAUUCCUAUAGUAAUAUACGAAAACCGGUUCGUUUCGAACGAUUCAUAAUUUUUGUCCAUAUUUUUUUUCUCCCGCACGGCUUCUCGUUCUCUCGCUCACUCCUUUUUAUUCGUGAUUUAUGUGACGGAUGAAAAAAAAAAAAAACCAAAAAAGGUAAUAAUAAAAUUACCCCGAAAAUAUAAUAAUAAUAUAUAUAUACAUAACCCGGUUGGUAGAGUAUAUAAUAUAAUAUAUAUAUAUUGUGUACACGAAUACGCGUACAUCAUACCCGCCGACAUAUAUUUCGUGUGUAUGUGUGCAAGUGCGUAUACGACGCUUUUUUCCUAUACUUAUUCUUCUUUUUCUUGUUCAUAUUUUUACGAUCACCCUCUAAAUAUAUUAUCGGCCCAAGUAUAUAUAUACAAAAAUAUUAUAAAAUACCAUAUUAUCGGAAUAAAUCAACCAGCCGCCGCCACCACCAUAUACCAUCUCUUUUACCUACCUUUAUAAACAAUAAUAAUAAAUUUAAACUCUGAAAAUAAAUUUCUAUUCUAUUACAUAAUAUAUAUAAUAUAUUGUAUAAAAAUAAAACUUGUGUGUAUGUAUAUGUGCUGCAGCGAGGUAUAAUAAUAAUGUAUAAUAAAGUGUUACUAUAAUAAUUAUAAUAAGAUAUUAUACACAGACACAAAUUUGAGCGAAACGACCAAAUAUAUUGUAUAUGUUAGGUACACAGUGUUUCACCAAUAUGUAUAAUAUAAUAGCUAUUACGAACCAUAUAUUAUAUUAUACAUUAUAUUAUAUUUAUACGGAUGUGUUUCCGCCGCGCUUUUGUAUUUUGUAACGAAUUUAUCGAAAAAUAUUAUUAUUACUAUUAUUAUAAGUGUAUAUAUAUACCUAUAUACGUACGCACAUAAUGUAAUAAUGUAUAUUAUUGUGUCGUAGGUGUGUGUAUAUGCUUUUAUCUCAUUUUUUGAUUAUAAUUUAUUAUUAUUAUUAUAAUUUUUUUUUUGUUAUUUUUAAUGAUUUAUUUUUAGUUUUAAUAAUCGCAUAUUUCUAAAAUAUAAUAUAUAUAUAUUAUAUAUAUAUAUAAUACACCCUCAAGUGUUUAUCGAUAAAAAUGUCAAAUUUGUUAAACCUAGUAAAAAAAAUGUUUCUUUUAAAAAACACUCAAUUAGUCGUUAAUUUGAACAUAAUAUGAUUGAUAUAUAAUAUAUAUUUUAUGUAUGUAUUAUAUUAAUAUUAUUAUUAUUUUUAUUUUUAUUAUUUAUUUUUAAAAAGAAAAGGAAAGAAAAGACGGGAAAAUAAUAUUCGUAAUAUAAAAUACACGCAUACAUGUAUACAUUUAGCCGAUAACAAAAAAAGUAAAUUAAGGUACAAGAUCUUUUUUGUAAAUACGAAAAUAGAUGUGUAAAUAAAACUGUGUAGUUAGAUGAAUAUAUUAUCAUUCACGAAAUAUAUAGAGAAAAUAAUAAAAUACACUUUUGGAACGUGUAA